AUGCCAAAUCUACACUCUCCUAUGGACGAGCAGUCCACAUUUGGCUCUCCUGCACCAAAGAAUAGUGCUCAACAGCACACACCACUGCAGACUCCACAACAGCAGCAACAUUCUCAUAAAAAAGAUGAUUGGCCACUUGAUCGCCUUGCUGAACUUUACGUUAUUCGUCUUCAGAACUCCAGGCUGAACUGGGAUGAAUUUCAGGAAAAAUUCUACCCCAACUAUCAUACGCGAGUGAGGUUCAAGUUCUAUGAAGCGAGAAAGCUGGCUGAUAAAAAUGAAUUGCCAAAUAUCUCGUCUGUCAAUCUCCCAAGCAAUAUGCAACCCCGGAUUCGCAAGUCCCGGUAUUCGCUUGAAAAGCUCUAUACCGAAAGCGAACUAGAAGACUUCGAUACCGAGAGUGAAGGCGGUGACCUCCCUUAUCAAACCGAAAACACAUCCGCGGGGCCCGAUCUAAACCCACCAAGCACCCUAGCCAGCAAACCGAAACCGAAACCGGUCUCGGCACCAUCAUCAACAUCGGCUCGAAAGAGCCUAGGAACAGCUACUGCAGCUUCAAUGAGCAUUGGGCCAGAAAAGCGCCCAACCAAGCGGCCCAGGAUCAGCACAUCAUCGCGGCCCACAACCCCACUCACGGGCUCUGACGCAACCACCAACCGCUCUCGCAAACCUUCAUCAUCUUCCGGGCCAGUUGGUGCAAACCAACCGCCCGCUCCCACUGCCUUCCCAGCCCCAACCUCAAUCCCAGUAUCUGCAGCUGCAUCAGCACCAGCACCAUUGCACCCCCUUCCACCAACGGGAACGCCAGGCACCACUCCAGGCGCCACUCCCAUCUCCUCAAAUGACGUCGGAUCCAAAAUCCGUUUUGAUCGCGUCAACUUUGCUGACUGGACCUACAUAUACAACUUAGCGAAGUCCUGUCCUGCCGAGCGCGAGCGCGCCGAUGCCCUCGCAAUCCGCGAACGGGACCAACUCCGUCUCAUUGCUGAGAUGGAGAAUCGCAUGGCAGAGAUGGAGGCUGAGCUUGAGGAGAUGAGGAAAAGGGUGGAAAUGCAGCAGGCUGCUGCAGUCUCUGUAGCAUGCGCUCCAGACCUGGUUGAUGGUGAGCCACUGACGCUACGCGUGGGUGGUCAGGGGCCAUCAUCGUCGUCACUUGCUUUGUUAGUUCCCUGUCCAGGAUUGAGCAGUUUGUCGUCGAAUUCGACAACGGCGGCCGCGGCGAGGCAGGUGUCAUUGGCGCUGAAAUCACGGGCUGGAGAGCUGAGGGUGCUGUUUGAUGAGCUUUGGAAAGCCAGUUUGAAAUUCAUCCCCCCGUUUCAACUCGAGGAGAUGGGGAUGCAGAGGUUUAGUGAGGGGGUUGUGGGGAAGAUUGGGGAGAUUGAGAAGAUUGCGGAGGAGGUGGGGAAAGUGGGAAAGGGGGCGGAGGUUGAUGCCGCCGGCGGUAGCGGAAAUAGGAGUGGGAGUGACGGCAUGAGUGUUGCUGAGAGGGAGAGGAGGUUCGGGUCAGAGUGUAAGGAUGAGAACUAA